UUCAUCCUCACUCAGAGGUGAAAACUUUCCGAAACCGCUACCAUGGAUUAUAAGAUAUCAGCAGGCAGUCAUUUAUGAAAAUACAGUGAAAUAUGUUGAAGCAUCGCGGCAGCGUCGGAGGAAAGCCCGAUUAAAGCCGUUAAAGUCCUCUGUGACGGUUUCCACUGACUUUUAUCUUUUAAUACUCUCUCCUCUCUAUCUGGCUCUAAAGCUGGACUCUUAAACUCUGUUUUUCCUCCAGCCUUUCACACUAUCUCUCCAACUUUUUCUUCAACCAUCCCCUGUUCCCACGUAGCUCACAUCCUCUCCUGCUCUCGCCUGUCCUAUUUCAGACCUUUACUUUCUUCUCUUGUCAUGUCUGUAUCCAUGAGGAACCCACCGCAGCGCCGGCGCUCUCUAGGUCCCGUCUCGCCCAAACGCAUCUACAGAAACCUGUCCUUCAGACUCAGGGGGGGCGGAGAGUCAUCUGUUGCCGCCGACUUGGAUGCGCCUAAACGCCCCAGCAAGUCUGCAGAUGCUUACAAGACCCUGUGGGAGGCAGUGGAAAAUGAGGAUACACUGGCUGUACAAAGCCUUCUGUCCAGAGACUGCAGCAGCGGUGGAGGAGGCGGAGGCGUAUGGGAGAAAGGAGAGAAAAAAGAGAGGGACUGGGAGAGGGACCGGGAGAAAGGGGUGAACAGAGUGAGUGAACAGGGGCUGGUCCCCCUGGAUGUGGCUGCGCUAACCCACAAUUCUCCUCUGCUUCAUGUACUGACAAAGGCAGGAGCCAGACACAACCCUGUUUUGUGCCGACCAGCGGAGUGGGCACUCAAGCUGGACGCUCUGGUGGCCUUGGCAGAUAAACGGACAGAAGAGAGGAAGACGGAGUUAGCGAAAAAGGCCGGGGCAGGCCCUCAGGCACAGGCUGAUCUUCAGAGGCACAUCCAGCUCUGGAGGCUGCGUCAGCAGCUGUACUAUCGGAUGAGAGAGAACUUCCAGAACACAGAGCUCCCGGGCUCCCCCAGUCACGUGUCCAUCCUGGUGACGAGCACAUCAUCUCUGUUUGUGACGAUCAAAGAGCCCGAGGGGGACACGGUGGGGCUCAUCACCCGCUACAGAGUCGAAUGGAGCACCUCGGCCAGCUUCAAACGCAUCCUCGGCACGGCCCAAGUUACAGAGACCAAGAACCCCUCCUACGUUAUCAAGGCGCUGACGGCAGGAGUGCAUUACUUCGUGAGAGUGAGCGCCUACAACGUGAAAGGAUGGGGCCCGCCUCAGUGCUCCACUCCAGCCAGCGCUGCCCCCUCCAGUUGGAGAGAGUGCGCUGGUGUAAAGUCACAGCUCAGAAAUCACGAGGCCCUCGUGAGGAAGCUGCUGGAAGAUGCCAAGGAGUCGCAUCUUAGAGGAUAUUGCAUAGAGAGCUCGAAGCCCCAGAGUCCCAGCAAGCGUCUGUCAGUGUCUCGAGGCAUCAAACAACUGUUCCAGUCCGCCACCAAGUUUGUUCGUUUCCUACAGAGGGGGGUGUACUUGGCAACUGUGUUCUACCACAAGGAUAACAUCCUGGUCACAGCCGAAGAUCAGAUCCCACUGGUGGAGAUCCAGUGCUGCUCCACCUCCAUCACCCAAGACUUCCUUUGGCUUGCCAAGCUGUCCUGUGCAUGGCAGCAAGUGCCCUGGCUACAGCAAGGGCUUUCCUCCGCUCACUCAUCUCCCUCCUCCCUCCUUCAGAACAGACACAACAUUUUAAGAGCUGUUUCCCAGCUGCAGUCUUCUCUGGGAACAGUGGACCUGGGCCAGAUCUACUAUGAACCCCUGAAGGAUCGGCAGGGCAACGUACUGCUAGUCACUCUGAAGGAAUUUCCAAACACUCCCAGCCCCCCCGACCCCCCGCUCCACUGGAUGCCUCUGGCACGCCUGGAAAAGAACCGCAGCAGAACGCCUCUGCUGCCCGAGCCCACCGCCAUGGACAUGCUCGCUGAGCAGCUCAAGGAGAAGCUGUCCUUUCACAGGCACAGCCUCCAGUGGGCCCAGCCGGGUCUGUAUGUGGGCAUCCUGAAACUGUGUAGCUCGGUGGAACAGAUCAGGGUGCUGGUGCCUCAGAGGUUGCCCAGUUUACUCUGCCACACACGGGUUCGGCACAACGCGCACGUGACCAGAGAGGAGUGGACGUGGCUUCAGAGUCAUGUUUACACUGCAGCCAAUGGCGGUGUUCAGAGUCUGUUGGACGCUGAGGACGAGAGCACGAUGGAGAGCAGCAGUAUGGAGGAAUUCGUCAGGUCUCUGAGAGCAGCAGUCACACAUCUCCUGACGAAGCUCAACAUCCCCCUCUACAGGGCGUAUCAGUACGGCGUGUACACCCGGGAGAUGCUUCAGUUUGGGGAUAACCUGUCAAUGCUUCUGCUGCUGCCUCCCAGUGAGGACUUCAGCUCCAGUUACUGGCCUCUGGUGGGGACCAAGGAGCCCGGCCUCACCAUGCCUCUGCAGAUCUUUGAGCUGGUUCACUUCUGGACAUAUGAACGGGAUUUCCUCUCACAGUACUGUCAGGCCUGGGUAAGGCUGGAGCUGGACACUCACCUUGCCCAGCAGGCUCUACGGGAAGCGCUGGAGACCAAAGAGGUGCAGGAAGCUCGGGAGCGGCUGAACCACAUCAGUGGGCUUUCACAGCGUCUGGAUGUGGUCUGGAGGGAUGCCCGCUGGAUUAUGGACUGUCUACAGUGUGUUCGGUCCAAGCAGUGGGUGGGGGCGGUGCCUUUAGGCCUGGUGAUGGGAGGAGACCCACCACCAUGUCCUGAUGGUGAGGAAGAGGAGAGUUUGACUGCCCGAUUGUCAUGGCCCCAUCGAUUAGCACAGAGAGCCAUUACAGAGAAUUCGGGCAGUGCGACUCCGCCAAACAUCGUCACCGCUGAGGUCUCAGCUCCAGCAAUCCCUGCAGAGGCUGCGCUGGUGUUGAUGGAGGGUGUCGUGAAGGGAGGGUACCCUGUAGACAUCACCACUCAGUUGCCUGCAGACUUGGAGAAAAUCAAUGCCUGCAUGUCUGAUUUCAAAAGCCCCUGCACUCUCUGA